CUGGUAGCCAUCUUGGAUGCACGGAGUGAUUGUUUGGCAAGUAGAUAUAUAAAAAAUAAAGAAAUACCUUCAAAGGCAAGCCCAUUCAUAUCGGACUAAGAGGUGCAAUAGAGAAAAGAGGAGAGCCCGUGACCAGCCAGACGUGAGAGAAGGCAUGAAGACAGCAUCUUAGUACAGAAGCCAUGGCGGACAAGAGAAAACUUCAAGGUGAAAUAGAUCGAUGUCUGAAAAAAGUGGCGGAAGGAGUGGAGCAGUUCGAAGACAUCUGGCAGAAGGUUCUUUUGCUUCACAAUGCAGCAAACGCAAAUCAGAAAGAGAAAUAUGAAGCUGACCUCAAGAAGGAGAUCAAGAAGUUACAGAGGCUCCGUGACCAGAUUAAGACCUGGGUGGCCUCCAACGAGAUCAAAGACAAACGGCAGCUAGUGGAGAACCGCAAGCUCAUUGAAACGCAAAUGGAGCGCUUCAAGAUAGUGGAGCGGGAGACCAAGACGAAGGCGUACUCCAAAGAGGGCCUGGGCCUGGCGCUGAAGGUGGACCCUGCCCAGAAGGAGAAGGAGGAAGUGGGCCAGUGGCUUACGAAUACAAUAGACACUUUGAAUAUGCAAGUGGACCAGUUUGAGAGUGAGGUGGAGUCGCUCUCUGUCCAGACACGCAAGAAGAAAGGAGACAAAGAGAAACAGGAGCGGAUAGACGAACUCAAGCGGAUGAUUGAGAGGCACCGCUACCACAUCCUCAUGCUGGAGACCAUCCUGCGCAUGCUGGACAACGACUCCAUACAGGUGGACUCCAUCCGCAAGAUCAAGGAUGACGUCGACUACUACCUGGACUCCUGUCAGGACCCCGACUUUGAGGAGAACGAGUUCCUCUACGACGACUUGGACCUGGAGGAAAUCCCGACGCCUCUGGUGGCCACCUCUCCCCCGGGCAACUCCAGCAUGGAUGACGAGCUGUUCCAGCAGCACUCCAGCAGCACGCCCACCACCUCCACCUCCUCCUCGCCCACGCCGCCCUCACCCGCCACCUGCGUCAUGGAGAACUCUGAGGAUGACAAGAAGCGCGGCCGCUCCACGGACAGCGAGGUCAGCCAGUCGCCAGUGAAGAAUGGGAACCCUUCAUUGUCUUCCUCUUCCUCCUCCUCCUCCUCCUCUUCCUCCUCCUCCUGCUCAUCUUCGUCGUCGUCUGCAUCCCUGGGGACCUCCUCGUCCUCCUCCUCGAUGGUCUCUAUGGCGACCAUCACCGCCGGCGGCGGGUCGGUUUCCGGGAGCGGAGUCCCGGCGGGGGUCCUCCCGGCCUCCGGCAGCUACAGCUCCGCCACGCAGGGGCACGUGCAGUUACAGCAGGCAGCCAAGACCGCCGCCGCCAUCGCCGCUGUCUCCACGACCACCUCCCCUGCUGUCGCCGUCGCCGCCGCCGUCGUCGUCGCUAGCCACGCCUCCAGCCCCGCCAGCAGCGGCACCGGCGGCGGCUUGUUGCCCCGACCCCCUUCGUCCAGCUCCUCACCUCCCAGCAGCAGCCACUCUCAGACACCGCCCGCCGUGCUGCCCGGCCUGGGCGGCUUGUCGGGCGGCUUGUCGGGCGGGUUCGGCGCGGCCCUGGGCGCGGGCCCCGUUCCAGGGAGCGGCGUUCUCGGCGGCCACUCCGGGAUGCCGGCGUCCCUGAGCAGCAUGUCGGCGCUGCUGGCCGGCUCGGGCUCCACGCCGGCCCCUUACGCCCAGGCGGCCGCCUCCAGCGCCAACGCCAUCGUCAACAGCCUGAUCGCUAAUGCUAAUGCUAGUGCUAGUGCUAAUGCUAACGCUACCGCUAACGGCAGCCCCUUGGGGAGUAUGGUCGGGACGGCGGUGACCACCGUUUCCACAGGCCUCCUGGGCAUGGCCCCUACCUCCCUCAGCCUGGCCCCGGGCUCCACGAUUGGAGCUCAGGGGCCCCCCCUAGUGGCCCCCACCCUGCUGGCGGGAGGAGCGGCCCCAGGAGGGAUCUCAGGAAGCUUGCCGGCGAUCGCCAGGCCCCCAAGUGUCCAAAAGCAGAACGGCAGCACAAGUUACAGUGCUGUGCUCGCUGAAAGCACAUCAGAUGCCGCCCUAAACAGUGUCAGCCAAUCACAAAACAGCCAGUUAACGUCUUUGGGCUCCUCAACCACUCAGCUUAAGGAUGCAGGGUCCAUCCUGUUCCCACCCAGCAGCCCCUCCCCUUCAUACAGCGAGGCCAAACCAGCAGGAGGCAGCCUUCUAAACGGCCCCCACUCUUACACACAGGCCAUGGAUGGCAUUAAGGAACCUCCGAGUUCUCUGAAGUCCAUGGCAGAAAGGGCAGCUUUUGGGUCAGGCCUGGAAGGAGAGAUGGCUAGCUUGCACAUCACUGGGGACAUGUUCCCCAGCUCCACAGCGCCCCCUGGUGCUCCCACGGCACCGCAGCUGUCGCACUCCGAGGUGAACAUCCCUCCGUCGCUGGGCGUGUGCCCGCUGGGUCCCGUGCCCCUGUCCAAGGAGCAGGGCUACCAGCAGGCCAUGCAGGAGUCGGCCUGGGGGCACAUGCCCCACCCGUCUGACUCCGAGAGGAUCAGGUGCCUAAAAGAGGGGCUGCCCUUGGGGCAGUACCUCAUGAGGAACCCCUGCCCCACACUGCCGUUCCACCACCAGGUGCCCCCGCCACACUCGGACACCGUGGAGUUCUACCAGCGGCUCUCCACAGAGACCCUCUUCUUCAUCUUCUACUACUUAGAGGGCACAAAAGCGCAGUAUCUGGCGGCUAAGGCCCUAAAGAAGCAGUCCUGGAGGUUCCACACCAAGUACAUGAUGUGGUUCCAGCGACAUGAGGAACCCAAGACCAUCACGGAUGAAUUUGAGCAGGGCACAUAUAUUUAUUUUGACUAUGAAAAAUGGGGCCAGAGGAAGAAGGAAGGGUUCACCUUCGAAUACAGAUACCUGGAAGACCGAGACCUGCAGUGAUGAAGAGAGUGACAGAGAGAGAGAGAGAGAGAGAGAAAGAGAAAGAGAGAGAAAAAAAAGAGAGAAAGAAAGAGGUGAAUAGUGGAAUACUGGCAACAUUCCUGGACAGAGUUCUAUCUGCACUGGGAGGUGGGGUCGGAUGUGGAACAGGAAGUGGUCUCUGAGGCCCCUCCCCCUUCCCCAUCAUGCCCCACCUAUUAGUUGUAAUGUCUACCAUCGAUUUGCUGCCCUGCCUCCUCCUGUCCAGUCAGGCCAGAUGAUUGGUACAGAGCCUUUAACAUCGUGGCCUUUAUUGGUUGAUAAUAACCCCCCACACCCAAUCCCUGCCCUCCCGAGUCACGUAUUCAACAGCAAAUAAGAACCAAAGACAAUGGGUCCAACAUUCUUUCCAGGGCUGCAGCUCCAACAUAGACACACAAUCACACAUACACACACACAACAAUGCUCUGCCAGCAUACACACAAACUGACCGCAUAUAACUGACCACCAAGCGAGGAACACCAGCUCCAACCCACACCUCGCUGUACAAAUGCCCAGUACACGGGUGAGUGGGUGCAUGCGCGCGCGCACACACACACACACACACACACACACACAGAACAAACCUGCACACACUCAUGCCUUCCAGAAACUCAGAGGUGAACAUCUUGCUGGGUGCUCUCUUUGGCGGCCCCUCUUUGUCAGUGUCAUGGAAGCGGACUUCAGGUGGAACUCAAUCAGGUGUCAAUAGAGCAGAGAGUGUAUUUGCUGAAGCGUUGAGGUCUGUGGAGAGAGUCUUGUCCCUGCCUAAAUGGUGGGAACAGAACCAACCCCAUAGACUGCACAAGAGGCAGCUACAUGAGAGGCCAUUUUGAUGUAACUUGAGUUCCACUUGAUUUUGAUCCCCCCCCUCCCCCCUUUCUGGGGCUACAGCAGCAGCAGCAGCAGCAGCAGUCACAUCAUUUUUUUUUUUUUAACUGAAUGUAGAGUCCAAGUUUCAACAUUUCUUUUCUGCCAUAAACGGCCUCAGACAGGGACCAGGGAGGACUGGAGAAGCAGCACCAGAGCAUCAAAGCCACAGCAGGACAGAAAAUCUCUCUCUUUGCCCUCAACACAUUUCAGCACAAGAAAUCGAGCACCGACAAGUUAACGGGAGGGAAGCAUCUAGUGCCUACUGCCUUAAUGGCGCCCCCCCCCCCC